GCCCGUCGUCCGUCCGUCCGUGCGGCGCAGGGAGCCGUCCUUCCCUCCCUCCCUCCGUGCUGGGGGCAGAGGCGCUGCCCGGGCAGCGGGAGCGGUGCCUUUCUGCCGGGCGGGGCCCGCUUCCCGGGGCUCCCUGCGCGGGCGGCGGCGGGAGCCGGAUCCCGCCGGGCUGUGGGGAGCCAGCCGCGCUCUGCCUCCCAGCGCCGUCCGGCCCGGCCCGGGGGCCAUCGGUGCCUGCGGGGGACAGGGGCGCGACCACAAUGAAUGUGGAACACGAAAUUAACCUCUUAGUUGAGGAGAUUCGGCGGCUGGGAACCAAAAAUGCUGAUGGACAAGUGAGCGUGAAAUUUGGUGUGCUGUUUGCUGAUGAGAAGUGUGCCAACCUCUUUGAAGCCCUGGUGGGAACGCUUAAGGCGGCAAAACGACGGAAGAUCGUCACUUACCAAGGAGAGCUGCUUUUACAGGGCGUUCAUGACAACGUGGAUAUCAUGCUGCUGCAGGACUGAGGCAGUGUUGCAGCUGUGUGUUAAUGGAAUUGCUUGAAACAGUUUGAUCAAUCAAACAAUUGUUUGAUUUUCCACGUACUCUUAAUAAGGCUGAUCAUUCCAAGGCAUUUUGAUGUAUUUUCUAUAUCUUUAUAGUCAAAAGAAAACUGUCCUAUUUUGGAAAACAUUCCCUUUUGUAAGUCUUCCUAAAAUGGUACUGUAUCUGGGUAAUGUAAAAGAUGCCAGAUCUUUUUCUCUCUUUCCUUUUUUUUGUUUCUUUUUUUUUUUUCUUUUUAAUCUCAGGUAAUUCUCUCAAAUGUCUGGUGGUUAUUUUCAACAUAUGAAGAAGAGGACUGGUAAUUUAAUGUUUACAAAUGAAAAUGUGCCAUGAAAGUAUAAAAUAAAAGCACAUACUUAAAUUUGUGU